AAUUCGGCUGCGUUGACAACAUUGCUGUGGUCACUUUGACUCCCUGAAAGUUAUUAUUUCCCUUCUGCAGCUGGGCUGGGCAGCAGGAAAUGGAGCAGAAUCCCUUUCUGUGCUGGGAGUGUUCGAAGGAAAUGACCUAGAGGCCUUACCGGCAUGUUUUUGCUUGGUUGCCUCGGACUACAAUCGCGCAGGAGCUUGGUCCGGGAGUGGCCCAUGUUUCCACAGUGACGCCACCGACUACCUCUGAGUGGAGCGGGGGCCCCCAUGCACACCGAGUCAGGGUUCUUUUUUAACAAGCGUCCACCCUGCACCCCUCACAGCAUUCAGGACACGCUGCAGGGAGCCUGUUCUCUGCAACACGUGAAAAGGAUCAGCGUCAAGCCGGGUUUCGUCGGCCCCCUGGCUGACGAGGAAAAGCUCCGUACUGUGAGGCUGAGCUCGCGGGGGUGCGGGGGGGUACGGGGAGGGGGGAACACGCCAGGCGCUUGGAUCCCCCACCUGUUUUGCUCUGCCAACCAUUUGUUUGACUUGGUGUUAAAGCUUAUCCCCGUUUUGCUCCCCUGCUGUUGACCGGUGCUGUGCGUCUUCCACUUUUUUCCUUCUGCAUCUUGCGUCCAGCUUUUGAAGAUUUGUUUUUGUGGUAAAGGCUAUUUAUUUUUUUUUUGCCAAAUUUUAUUGCAUUUGCGUAGAGGAAGGGAAAAAACAAAAACACACCAGCAAGAGAGAGCCUCUGUCUUGAGCAGAAGUACAGAGACGGCCAAAACAUCAAAGUCCUCCUUGGUCUGAGGGACUUGGAAGGAGAGACGGCUUAAGGAGGCACCGCUUUCAGCUUCUGCUGUGCAGUCUUUGGCGUCCUGCAUCCUCCAGCUGCUUCCUCCGGCCUCCCGCGGCUGGCGGGUUUCUCAGCGGUUAGGAGAGAAAUAGUGGGGAUGCAAGUUCUGCCUGAUCUGCUCCCCCUGGUCCUGUAGAUUCAAUCUGCAGCUGGACUGCACAAAAAAAAAAAAAACACAAAAUCAGGCUCCCGUCGGCAGUCGUACCCCAUCUCCCUCGCUCCCUCUGGGUCGGUGACAGACCAGUGAAGAUGUCCCUCAGUCGUUUUCCCCUUCAGCUGUCUUUGUUCUUAACUUAGAAAGUUCCGGGUUGGCCGAAGGAGCCCGGAGGCAGGUCCGCAGUUGUUGCAGCACGGAGAAAUCGAUAGAGCAGCUGAGAACUAGCUGAAGACAGACCUGCCCCUAUGUAUUGUUGUAGUGCUCAAGAGAACAAAAUGGACUACAAGCGACGCUUUCUGCUUGGCGGGUCCAAGCAGAAGGUGCCGCAGUAUCAGAUGCCAGAGUUGGGCCGGGGCCUUGGGGUGCCCCUGGGCUCCUCCUGCUCCGCCCCUUCCUCCGGUACCCCCGGGGGUGGCUAUGGCCACUCCCCUCCCCUUGGCAGCUCCGGCGGCAGCGCUGUGGCGGACAUCCAACAGGGCAUCUCCAAGUACCUGGACGCGCUCAACGCCUUCUGCCGUGCCAGCUCCCUGCUCACCGAGCUCUUCUGUGGCGUGUUCCGGAAUUCCCGCUACGCCAAAGCAGCUAUGCAAAUGAGGGACGUGCAGGACCACGUCAUGGAGGCUGCCGGCCGGCUCACAGCAGCAAUAAAGCCUGAGAUCGCCAAGAUGCUGAUGGAGCUGAGCGCCGGGGCGGCCAGCUUCAGAGACCAGAGUGACUUCAGCCUGCAGGAUGUGGAGGUGCUGAGCCGGUGUUUCCUGAGGGUCAUGCAAGUGCACUUCCAGUUCCUGUCACAGGCCUUACAGAAGGGGCAGCCAGUGGCACAGUCCUGCCUGGUGGAGGCCCUGGCGCAGGCCCAGGAGCUACACAGCAGCACCCCUGUCGGGCCCCUGUCCGAGCAGGAGGAGGCCUCGCGGUCCUGGAGAGCUGCAGCAGCGGUCACAGGUCGCCUGAGGGAGAGGGGGCGUGACGGUUCCCUGCCGGGCCUGGAGGUGCGGCAGCUCUUCUGCUCCAUUAACACCACCAUCCCUGAACACCAGCUGAAAGAACUCAAUGUGAAGAUUGACAGUGCAUUGCAGGUUUAUAAAGUGGCGUUGGAUGGCCUCGGGUACAGUGAAUAUGCACUGAAGGCUGGUUUUCACCUUGACCCCAAGGCUAUUGAAGAGUCUUUGCAGGGCUGCUGCAGUGAGGCAGAGGCCCAGCAGGCAGGCCGGCUUCAGACGCUCUCCCAGCCACUGCAGAGUGAGCUACCCACCAUUCCUCUUCAGAUCGGGCCGCACUUCCUCAAAGGCGUCUCCCUCAGCGAGUCCGUCACAGACAACCUCAAGCUGAAGAUGCAUGCGACGCUGCAGCUCAUCAAAGCGGCAGUGGGGCAGAACGGCGUGGUCUCUCCCGACGACAUGCCCGUCUCCCAGGUGCUCACCCAGGUGUGCCCGUCCAGCUGGAGAGGGGCCUGUAAGACGGCCGUGCAGCUUCUCUUCGGCCAGGCGGGACUGGUGGUGGUUGACACGGCUCAUUUUGACAACAAGGAGGCCUACGCUCCCCACAUUACCCUUGAAGAGUCCAGAAUUGUGGUGCAGGUCCCUUCAACAUGGUGCCUGAAGGAGGAUCCGGCUACAAUGUCCCUUCUUCAGCGCAGCCUGGACCCAGAGAAGACCCUGGGCCUGGUGGAUGUGUUGUACACCGCCAUUUUUGACCUCAGCCGGUGGAGGGAGCGCAGGGAGCAGGGCCUGCCCACCAUCCAGAUGCAGCUACAGAGGGAGAGCGCAGAGGGUGCGGAGCUGGCACACCUGCCCUCUGGAAAUGGGCCCAAGUCCUCCGGGGGGCUGCCCAGGACCAUCUCCAGGCUCACCUCCAAGCUCACCAAGAAGAGUUCGUCCUCUGGGACCCAGGGGGGCAGCUGCUCCCUCCACAGCACCCCGUCCCGUAGCGGUUUCACCGGCGCCGGCGCUGAGGACAAGGCCAAACCUCUGGGUGGCAACGACAGCAGGCUGCAGGCCACCCCCGCGCCGGGGAGUUUGCCAUGCAGCCCGGAGCCCGGCUCCCCGUGCGGCCCCUCCAAUGGUCACGAGUCCCACAACAAGGGCAUGAACCUGCCCACGGACCAGGAGAUGCAGGAUGUCAUCGACUUCCUCUCAGGGUUCAACAUGAGCAAGUCCCAGCACGCCUCCCCGCUGGCGAAGAGGAGGAACUCAGUGGCGUCGGCCAGCGCCGCCGAGCUGAAGCCCCCCUCCGGGGCCACCCCCCCUACCUCGGUGGGGUCUCACGGCAGCAUGCAGCCCCUGGGCCAAAGGACGCCUCAGCCGACCUCCCAGCAGGCCAUGCAGUAUUACCAGCAUCUGCUUCAGCCCAUUGGUCAGCAGCCCCAGCUGUCUUCACAGCAGCAGCAGCAGCAGCAGCAGCAGCAGAGAGGCUCAAGCAAGUGGCUGAGCAGCUCCACCCAGCACCCGGUGCAAAGCCCCCCGACGGGCAUCUCCCCCAUCGGCCACCAGGGCCAGUGGGGAGGGCCCGGCCUUCCCAACCUCAGCUCGGACCUGUACAGCCUAGGCCUGGUCAGCAGCUACAUGGAUGGCGUCAUAUCAGAGAUGCUGGGCCAGAAACCCCAGAGCCCCCGUAACAACACGUGGCCCAAUCUGGAGCAGAGUGAUGUGGGCUUCGGCGCUCUUGGGGACGCCCUGCCAUUCGACCCGGCAGUUGGCUCCGACCCAGAGUUUGCCCGCUACGUGGCGGGGGUGAACCAGGCCAUACAGCAGAAACGGCAAGCCCAGCACAUCCGUCGCCCGAGCAACGCCCACGGCAACUGGCCAGGCUCCGACGAGGCCCACGGUGGCUGGGCCCCUGCAGAAUACUACACUGAACGGGAAGCUAUGAACAGCGGCUGGACAGCCAAUCAGGGAGACUCGGCCAGCUCCAGCGACGAGACGUCCUCCGCCAAUGGGGACAGCCUGUUCUCCAUGUUUUCUGGGCCUGACCUCGUAGCGGCGGUCAAGCAGAGAAGAAAACACAGCUGCGGGGAGCAGGAUGUGUGCACCCCCUCCCCGGCCCUGCACCACCCAGCUGACGACAGCAGUCAGGACAGUAAGAUGAAGACGUGGCCACCGAAAGCCCCCUGGCAGCACCCUUCGCAUCACACCAACACCCUGCCCAGCACGCGCUCCUCCCUAUACUCCAUGCCCGUGCCCAACAGCCAGUGGGCCGACUCAAUGCAGGUGCUGCAGUCCACCGUGUGGUCGGCACCCGGCGGCUGCUCCCCCUCCUCCGGCUUCCCUUAUGGCCGCCAGCAGGCCCAGCAGCCGCAGACAACGCAGUCCGGCAUGCAGCAGCAGCAGCAGCAGCAGGCUCCCCAGCACAAACCGCCCAGCAAAUCGUUUAAGCCCUUUUCCCAGAAACAGGAGCACAGGCCCUCGUACCUGCACCAGUACUGAGCCCAGGCCGGCCAAGGCGGGGGCGGGCGGUGCGGGGCCGGGGCGAAGUACCCACAGAAUGCAACGGCAAGCCAGGAACCCAGAUGUGCUGCUUGGAGAUUCAGCAGCUCCACAUGUGCUGUGAUGGUGCCCGUGACAUGACAGACGGGAGCUGUGUACAUAGGCCUGUCACAUAAUAGCCCUGCGAUAGUGUGCCAUGAGCAUCCAUUUGCUGUGCCCCCCCCCCCCCAUCCUCGAAUGUAACGCUACCGACUUGAGCCACAGGUGUGACAGCAGCUUAGUUCCAUGGCCGUCCCUUGCUUUCGAUUCGCCUCCAUGCUUCGUUUAGCCAGGCUUCGGCCCUGCACUGCGAUAUAAUGCGUGACGGUUAGGCUGUCACUGCCGUGUGAGGGAAGCCAGGCUGCAGCACAUGUAUGCUCUUCAAUAGCUUGUAAAUUAUUCAGACCGAAGUAUAUAAUUGACUUGCAUUUGUAUUACAGGAAAGGCUUUGAGCGGGCUCAGCAAAAAUAUAACCAUUCGCUGCAGUUUGUGUAAAUUGCAGAGGUGUCAAUUGAAAGAGAUGCACUACCUUUUUUCUUUUCUUUUUCCAACUAACACUGAGUUAAGACACAACAAGCAGUAACUAUGUGCCAUGUUAGUGUUUAUACGUUUACAGCCUGAACGUCUUUCUGAAGGUGACUGGUCUUGCAGUUGGAGGCGGAGUUGAUGAUGAUGAAGAUGAUGAUGAUGAUCACAGUGAAGAAAAUAUGGGAAAUUAGUAUACAAUAGGCAACUAAUCUUAAGAGUUCAUCUUUUUGUUAUUUUCAGAUUGACAAGCUUGUUUUUAAAUGGCAGUUCUAUUUGAAAAAAAUAAAUCAUAUUUUCAUUUAAAUACAAUAUUUUCUUGUACAAAAGUAUGACAGUAUUAAUCUUAUUUUUGUAUUUUCUUAAAUGUUGUACGAUUUAUAUGUGCUUCAGAAAUCCCCCACAUAAAAAGCACAUUUUCUUAAUCAUAUAUAAACGUGACCCAAUGUUAUUCCAUUAUAUACACUAAACAUAUUAUCACGAAAGAAGGGUGUGUCUGUUUUGCCCUUAUCUCUUCUGUUUGUGUGGCAGUGGGUGGUAUUAAAUGCCCUGAAUGUUUUUGCAGAUGCCCAUAUUGCCUGUAUUUGCUGUCAUUCUUUCUGACAACUGCAAUGCGUAUGUUUAUAUAGGUUUCAGUGGUGAAUGUUUGCAUUCACGUAUAUGAAGUAUGCGCAUGUAUAAUUUUUUUUGUGAUAUAAUUCAUAAACAGCCUUUAACUAUAGGCAUUUGUCAAACAUGAUGCAUCUACCAGAAAGGAAGAUGUUGAAUAGAAAAUAGACUCCUUGCCUUGCUGAUUCUUGCCUCGUUAUGGAAGUUAAUCAUUUGAAAAAGAAAUUUUUGACCCUUUUUGGUGUUCAGUUAUGAUAUUGGGCUUCUGUGGUAACCUAUCCUCGUAAAAUACGCACAGGUGACUUUGAGGUCGUGUGUUUGUUUCAGCAAUCCCAGAAUGUCGUCUUUGGUAAAUUAUCCAAUCGGUUAAAUGUUAAAAAUUUUAAGAGGGAUGUCCAGCUGAAAUGAUCCAAGGCAAGAUGGUUUGCAUGAUUAGGGUAUGGCCUUAGCCAAGCUCAGCGCACACUCCAGCCAUGCUCAUGACACUAGGUGCUGUGAACAUCACGCUGGUCAGCUUCGUCUCCUCACACUCGGCUUCUUAGCUGUUGCCCAUGGUGUUUUUUUUUUUUGUUUCUUUUUUUUCCUGGUCAAGUGCCGAUGGUUUGUGAUACGGCUCAGGCUUCCAUGCGCUAGACGCACCAGUUUGUGCUAAGUUUUAGAGACUGAACCUGUACUUUUUGUAUUUUACCUUUGGAAAGUGUUUAAGUUUAAAGAAAAUCUGCUUUAUUACAGAUUUAACAUUUAACAAUAAAAUGGCUUUGGAAAUUUCUCUAA